GUGAACGUUGAGGUGUUGUUGGUGUGCGACUCGAGCCGACCUACGAAUCUGACAUGGCUACCAAAGAGAAAGUUAUACGGAUUACGAGAACUCCAAGAUAGAGUACCUUCACAGUCUGAAAAGCAAGUCUACAAAUGAUAGUGUAUAUUUUGCGCAUAUGAAACAAGUACAACGCGUCAUCGCGUUUUUAUUAGUGUUGUACAAACUUCCUUCAAAACUCCAACUUGCAGUUGCUUCUAUUUUGGAUUUCCGGAAUGAGUACUGCAACAGGCGCUGCCUUUUGCAAAUAGAAGAAAGACGAAUAACAGCAGAGCCAAAUUCAAUGAGAAAGUGCACCUCGCGUGUAGAGUAUGGGAUGGUCGAGGUGUCACAAGGGAUGAAAUAAAUGUGGUUGAAAGUUACCAGCCUACUCCACAGGGUUGUGUCUAGAUGACCA